ACAUCAGCACGUGUGAUUGUUUUCUUUGGUGUUGUUGCGCGUGUUGGUCCGGCAUUUCGUCCCUGUUUCUAAGCGGUUUGAAAAAUGGGGAAGGCCAAGAAAUUAAAAUUACACCACAAUAAAACCAACCCCACCGGGUUGAUGGACGCGAAUGAGUUGAUUGCGCAGGGGCUUGCCGAAAGCGAAAAGUCCGGCACUCCGGUCGAGGCGAUCGUGGAGCAGUUACAAUCAGCCGUCAUAGAGGAGAAAAUCUGUGGUUUGCAAUCGUUGGCAACCAUUUGCCAGGGAGAACCCAAUGUGGGAGAGCUGGUACGGAACGAUGUGAUUCGGAUAGCAGCGUCCCUGUUAGUAGAUCCAGAUCCGAGUGUACGUCAUGCCACUGCCGGUGCGUUACGGAACCUGUCGGUGAUCAGUGUGGAGCUGUGCGAGUUUAUGGUCGAUCAGGACGUGUUGACGCCGUUGCUGGUUCUGCUUAACCGCUACCCAAGCAGCGGUCAAUGGACGCCCACGUUCGAUAAGAACAUGCAGAACCAGAUGGAUGAGCAUUCGGACACGUUUCUGCACGGUGUCAAUCUGCUGUGGAAUUUAUGUGAAAGUACUUCCGACGCGUUGAACGCCUUCAAUCAGUCGCAGCUGUUGGAGAACUUUGUAGCAUUUCUCAACUAUAACGUGUAUGGGCAAGAGAUCGCGAUUGCUGUCGCACAAUGUCUGCUGGUGGUUUCGGAAGACAAUGCCUCAUCGUGGCGAGUUCUCGCCAACCAUGGUGCAGAGCUAGUAUCGCUUCUCGCAAUUCAAGUAGUGGAUAAUUCCACCUUGAUGCUGCGUGCCCUGGCUGCCGGUAUCAUCGGCAAUGUUCCGGUGCUGUUGAGCAGUCACACAAGCAAAGUGUUGAUCUGCGUUUCCAAAACGCUCGAGAUGAACCAUCGUUCGGCAUUGGGUAAUUUGACCAGUAUGCUACCCUUAGAACCACAGAAAGAUGUGGUAGAUUUGGAGGUUACCGAUGACGUUGUUUUCGACGAGGAAACUGAAGCUCAGUCACAUCAGCGCCGAAGAAAGGCCGAUUUACCUUCCGAGGGUGAACUGGAAGUGCGUGACGUGGGACGGCUGUUGCAAUCGCAGCGUAUUGCGGCCGAAAUAUUGACAAAUAUUUGCUCCUCUGACGAUGACUGGCAGAGUGAAGGUAACGAGAACGAGAACAAUGAAGGGUCGGACGCGGAGAGCGUGUACGAUUACGAUACGAAUGGGCUGAACGAAAGCGUCGAAAAUACGGACAAAAUAUCGGUCGAGGUGCUGGAAGCUAUCAAGUCACUCGCGCUGGUGGAGAAGCUGUGGCAGAAAGCGCAACCGGUCGCGGAGAACGUGUACCAAAUGCUGGUCGAGUCGGAGCAAGGUACCUUGAAAAAGUUGGACGCAAUGCGGAUCUCGGCCAUGCUCUGUCUUCACAAUCUGUGCAACAACAUUUCUACGGACGAUCUGGGCGGACCGGCAGCCGUUUACAAUGUGUGGAUUGACCUAGGGCAGCAAGUAUUCCAGGGCCAGCGUAACGGUAAGCUGCUGGAAGCAUCGACAUCGCUGAUGCGAGCCGCCCUGGAGCACUUGCGCAAGAGCCCGGAACUAUUCCAGCAGAUGACGGAGAACGAUUUGCAGCUCAUGCUGAACGGUGUGACGGGAUGCGAAGAUAUAGAGAUCCGUGCAAACUGGCUGCGAAUGCUGGGCAUUUUGGGCUGUUUGCUACCGGAAUCGCACGUGAAGGUGAUCAUCGAUUUCGUGCUGAACACUUGCGCCAACGAACCGGACGUUUGGGUGUUGGCAGAGGCACUCGAUUCAAUGAUGGACAUUUUUGCUGACAACGAUUGGCACUCGAUAAUGCACGAGCUGGGCAUGGUCGCGAAGUGUAAGCAGUUGGAUCGCAUCAUGCGCGAGAAAAUGAAGCGAGACAAGCGUCAACUGGGCGAUCGGUUUCCCGCUGUUUCUACGGUACGUACAAAUUUGAGUCGGUUUUGCAAAUACCUAGAGACGGAACUGAAAACCUUCAAGCCAAACAUGGAAUCGUAGAAUGGAAGGAGAUGGUGUUGCAUUUUGAAUUCAAAAAUGCUUGAGUGGUCUAGUUUCGGUUAUCUUGCUGAUUGCAAACAAUAAUUUUGCUCCAUUCAUUGGUCAAUCAAUUGAUCAUCUUACAUUACAUCCGGUACUGUGUAUUUUUUGUGUUUGCAUUAUUCGAUAAACCAAUCAAAUUUACUAAAACGGAAUUCAUAUGUCCUACAAUCCGUGGCCUUUUUUUGUGUAUUACAACUGUUAAUGUGUCAAAGCUGCAUUACGUUAUCAUAACGUAAAUAAAAUAUCAAUUGUAUAAUGCCAAAUCGUA